CUUCUACCAUUUUUGCUUUGCUUUGUUUUUUCUGUCCUGGGUUUCGAUAAAGUCAUGGUAGAGAUCUAAUCUGACACACGUUCUUUGCACAAGGAGCGCCACAGCUGAGCUCCGGCCUCCGUCGCCGUCGCCUCUCCGCCGGUCUCCUCCGUGGUGAUGGUGGCGGAAACACAGAGGUGAUCGAUCAACAGUUUCAGAGACCACCCACUUGGCCGCUUGCCUUCCAUGUCAGUUCCAAGUGAAGAUGGAGAUCAAUCCGAGCACCCUAUUUCAAGAUCGAAACUUGCGGGUCUCAUCCGCCAAUACAUUCUCCCCAUGAAGAACACUGUUCGUGCUGGCCUCAAGCUGAUUGACCGGUGCAAGACUACCCAAGUCCACGCCUUGAAUUCCUCCGACACCUCCUCCGGCAACGCCAAGCAUGGCCACAGCCUCACUAUCAGUUCUAUACUAUCGGAUUCAGACGACCUUUCAGUGUCAUCAUCGGAUCAAACUCUGCUUCCUUACGGGCUUCCCAGGCCCGAGUUUCUGGAGCCGCCCGUUGACCCCUUCCUCAAGCCCGUAGAUCUGGUGCAAGGCUUUGCUGACCUCUAUCAGAGCUUCCAGAAUUGUCCCGAGUCGGAGAAAUCGUUGGUGUGCUUGGAGCAGUACUCGGUAUUGCGCAGCCUUGGCGACCCGAAGCUGCUUCGGCGCUGCCUGCAGGCGGCGCGUCAGCACGCGGCGGAGGUCCACUGGAAAGUGGUGCUAUCGGCGUGGUUGAGGUAUGACCGGAGAGAGGAUGAGCUUGCCGGGAUAUCAUCCUUGCAAUGCAGUGGCAGAGUUCUUGAGUGUCCAAAGGCUGCUUUGGUUUGUGGGUAUGAUUCUAAUUCGGUUUUUGAUCAUUGCCUGUGCCACAGCAAUCAACCGGAGGAAGCAGCCGGAGAUAUCUCAAUUGGGGAUGGGGCUGAUGAGCAUUCGAUUAGAGAUGAUUUAGGUGAUUUUUGUUUCUGCAUUGGUGGGGAAGAAAUUUGGUGUCGCAGGGAUAAUGUUUCUGCACUUUCAAGGCCUUUGAACACAAUGCUAAAUGGUAUUUUUAUGGAGUCAAAGCUAAAAAAGAUCGAUUUUUCAAACCUGGGUAUAUCGGUUAAAGGAAUGAGAGCAGUGGAAGUGUUUAGUAGGACGAGAAGAUUGGACUCCUCCCCCAAUAUAGUCCUGGAGCUACUCUCCUUUGCAAACAGGUUCUGUUGUGAGGAAAUGAAAUCUGCUUGCGAUGCCUUUUUAGCUUCUUUAGUUUCCAAUUUAGAGGAUGCUUUGAUUCUAAUUGAGUAUGGGUUGGAGGAGAUGGCCGAUCUUCUUAUAGCCAGUUGUUUGCAGGUCCUUCUAAGAGAGCUUCCGAGUUCUUUGUACAAUCCUAAGGUCAGGAAAAUAUUUUGUGGCUCUGAAGCCAGGGAGAGAUUGGCUACAUCGGGGCAUUGUUCUUUCUUGUUGUAUUCCUUCCUAAGCCAGGUGGCUAUGGAAGAUAACAUGACAUCAAACAUUACAAUAAUGUUACUGGAGAGAUUGAAAGAAUGUGCUUCAGAAAGGUGGCAGAAAGCACUGGCAUUGCAUCAAUUGGGUUGUGUGUUGUUGGAGAGGAGGGAGUACAAGGAUGCCCAAUCUUGCUUUGAGGCAGCAGCUGAGAUGGGUCAUGUUUAUUCCUAUGCGGGUGUUGCUAGAACCAAAUACAAGCAAGGACAGAGGUUUUCAGCCUACAAGCUAAUCGAUUCUCUCAUCUCCGAACAUAAAACAGUUGGUUGGAUCUAUCAGGAGAGGUCCUUGUAUAAUAUGGGGGCAAAGAAGAGUUUGGAUGUCAGGACUGCCACUGAAUUGGAUCCAACUCUUUCAUUUCCUUACAAGUAUAGAGCAGCUGCAAUGGCUGAGGAGAACCAGAUCGAAGCAGCCAUCUCAGAGAUCAACAAAAUCAUUGGCUUCAAGGUCUCUCCAGACUGUCUUGAAUUGCGGGCUUGGUUCUUUGUUACACUUGAAGAUUAUGAAGCUGCUUUGACAGAUAUCCGGGCUCUUCUGACUUUGGAACCUGAUUACGUGAUGUUUAACGGGAAGAUCAGAGGUGAUCACUUGGUUGAGCUCCUCAACCAACAUGUUCAACAGCGGGGUCCUGGUGACUGCUGGUUGCAACUUUAUGAUCGAUGGUCCUCUGUUGAUGAUAUUGGUUCUCUGGCUGUUGUUCACCAAAUGUUGGCAAAUGAUCCCGGAAAGAGCCUUUUACUGUUUCGGCAAUCUCUACUUCUUUUGCGGUUAAACUGUCAAAAGGCUGCUAUGCGCAGUCUGAGAUUGGCUCGAAAUCAUGCUCGCUCAGAGUAUGAAAGGCUUAUAUAUGAAGGAUGGAUUCUAUAUGACACUGGCUAUCGCGAAGAAGCACUCUCUAAGGCUGAAUCAUCCAUCUCUAUCCAGAGGUCAUUUGAAGCCUUUUUCCUCAAGGCAUACAUACUAGCAGAUACAGCUCUGGAUCCUGAAUCUUCUUUACAUGUUAUCCAACUAUUGGAGGAAGCCCUCAGAUGUCCUUCAGAUGGUCUUCGAAAAGGACAGGCACUUAAUAAUCUAGGCAGUAUUUAUUUGGACUGUGGUAAAUUGGAUCUUGCGGCAGACUGUUACCUUAAUGCUCUUGACAUCAAGCAUACAAGAGCUCAUCAGGGAUUGGCACGUGUAUAUCAUCUUAAAAAUCAAAGAAAAGAUGCUUAUGAUGAAAUGACGAAGCUGAUAGAGAAGGCACAAAAUAAAGCAUCAGCUUAUGAGAAACGAUCAGAAUACUGUGACCGCAACCUGGCAAAUGAGGAUCUUAGUAUGGCAACACGGUUGGAUCCUCUAAGGACUUAUCCUUACAGAUACAGGGCAGCAGUGCUUAUGGAUGACCAAAAAGAAAAUGAAGCUGCCGAAGAACUGACAAAAGCCGUAGCUUUUAAACCUGACUUGCAAAUGCUCCAUCUCCGAGCAGCAUUCUAUGAAUCCAUGGGUAACAUUUCUUCUGCUCUUCGAGACUGUGAGGCUGCUCUCUGCUUGGAUCCUAACCACAGAGACACUCUUGAUCUGUACAAUCGAACACAAGGCCGGGCUGUCCAUCUGCAUACAUGAUUCAAUGUGCUUACAUUCAUUGACUUAUUCCUAUUGCCUGUCUUUAAGGAAGAUGAGUAUUAGUUGAAUGUCCAUUCAACUAAGUUCACACAGAAAUGCUGUCAGGAUGAGAGCAUUUAUAUGGAAACUGGCCCUGUCCGUGAGAAUGGAGAAAAAUUGCAUUUUGUCGUAUGUAUAUAUGUUGAUGAAGACAAGGAUGGCAAAACACAUUGCGGAAGUAGCCAACAAGACCACUCAAGAACUAAAACAAAACCCAAAAAGGAUGUCUGCAAAGAUAGUGUUGGUUGCAGAAAAAAGUUUGUCUUGUUGCAUCUUUGUAUCAUUAUAUAUUGAGAAAGGCACAAGCCAUGUGCAAUUUGCCUGAUUAAAGUGGAGUUCUUCAUACAUGUUCUCUUGUACAUGCACAAGGUCAUACAUAUAUUGAAUUCCUCUCUGUUCCAAUGCAA